AUGUCGACAACACCUGCUCUGACCGGUUUGAAGGUGCUCGAGUUCGCGGGUCUCGCUCCCGGUAUGCUUUCGCGUCGUGCAACCGUGCUCCGUGUCGACCGCGCGUCGCCUGCCGCCGCGGCUGUGCCGACAAAGGACAUGCUGGCGCGCCACAAGCAAUCUGUAGUCGUCGACCUGAAGCAGCCGGCGGGCGUUGCGCUAGUUAAGAAGCUGGCAGAGCGCGCCGACGUGCUCAUUGACCCCUUCCGCCCGGGCGUGCUGGAGAAGCUCGGUCUGGGCCCCAAGCCGCUGCUCGAGGCGAACCCGAAGCUGAUUUACGCGCGCAUGACGGGAUUCAGGCGCGACGGCAAGUACUCGGCCAUGGCGGGGCACGACAUCAACUACCUCGCCGUCUCGGGCGUGCUGAGCAUGCUCGGCCGGGCGGGCGACAAGCCGCACCCGCCGACCAACAUUCUGGGCGACUUUGCAGGCGGCGGCGCCGUGCUCUUCCAGGGCAUUCUGCUUGCGCUCCUCUCCCGCGGCGUCAGCGGGAAGGGCCAGGUCGUCGAGGCCAACAUGGUCGAUGGCGCCAGCUAUCUCUCCUCCAUGCCCAGGAUGGGGCAGAAGACACCCCUCGGCGCCGGUCCCCGGGGAACCAACAUGCUCGACGGCGGAUGCCCGUUCUACGACACGUAUGAGACAAAGGACGGCAAAUACGUCGCUGUUGGUUCACUUGAGCCGCAGUUCUUCCGCGAGAUGAUCAAGGGCACCGGUCUUGAUCCCUCCUGGGCCAAGAGGCAGCAGAACCUCGACGAGUGGGACACGCUCCGCCAGCAGAUGACGGAGGCGUUCAAGAGCAAGACACGCGCAGAGUGGGAGAAGAUCUUUGACGGCACUGACGCGUGCGUCACCCCUGUGCUCGAGUAUAGCGAGCUCGAGGGCAAGCCUGAGGGAGAUCAGCGCCCGAUCGUCACGCUCCGCAAUACGCCUCUGCUCGCUGUCACUCCCGGAGCUAACGGAGACCCCGCCAAGGGCCAGGGACCCGGAGUCAAGGGAGCUGGAUACAGCGGCAACUCGCUCACGCCUGGUGAGGGCGGGCCGGCGGCCAUCAAAUCCUGGCUCGGUUGGGACAAGGGGACGCAGUGGGAGGAGGUCAACGGCGGAUACCAGGUGAAGCAGGGUGCCAAGUUGUAG